AUGCAAUUGUCUCAACGCCAGACAAUCAACUACACCCAGCCGAUCGAUGUCUCCAAAAUCCCGACGUGUCCCACCGCAACCUGCAAAUCCGAUCCGUUAGGAAGCAUAUCUCCCAACGGGUGCACGCCUGUAACUGCGUCGACACAGCUAUACAACAGGAGCUGCUAUUGCGCCCUCAAGGAUCCGCUCUACUGCGCAUGGGAAUGCACUUGGUGGGAAUGGAUGUUCACAGAGGACUGGUUCGUGAAAGAAUGCGGGCCAAACUCUGACAGGCUUUCGUACGACGGGCUGCCGGCCUGCGCGCAGGGUUGUCUACAUGAGCAGCUCGUCUAUUAUGGCUGCGUCACCGAAGGCCGCAACUGCUUCUGCAUCCAAGGUAGUCUGUUCAAUUGCCAGUCGAACUGCCACAAGGAGAGCGAGACCAUCGCCAUCCAGCACUGGCUAAUGGCCCAGUGCGGCAUCAGUAAAGCGUUGGCCGAGAAAGGGACGUUGGAAGGUGUGUUCUAUGGCUCUACGGCCGACCUUCCUGAGUUGAAAGAGUCACUUGCUGUUUUCCGGCCAAGAAGAACGAAGUUGAAGUGGUACGAGGUUGGUGCAAUUGUGCUGCUUUGCAUCACUGUCCUGGUGGGAGUAAUCAUGUGGAUUGAUCUCCGCGUGCGGCAGAGGAAACAGUCUCAGGCAGGGAUGGUAGAGACCCAGGAGGAGAAUGCACAUUCAUCGCGGCUUUGGGGGACGGGCACUUCGUGGAAAGCUGUUCCGGGAGACGUUGAGGGCUGA